AUGGCUCCAACAGCCUCUUCGCCUUCGCCAGGCAUGUACCCUAGCUAUGGCAGACGUUGGCAGUCUACAAAACCUAUGCAGAAACUCAACACUUCUGUUCCUCUUACAGUGACACCCGCAACCUCCAGCACGCCCAACGGUCACUCCUCAAUCACCCUCGCGAGCCCCUCUAACCGUACCUCAAUAUCAUCAUCCCCAGACGGCCCGCAAGCCCGAAGUAUUUCACCCUCUUCGGCGUCGCCUACUGCAUUGCAGCUCCCGGAGUCCUCUGUCAACACCACACCAUCUAAGCAGCAAUACAAGAAUGCAAUGAGUGAAGCCAUGGAACAGAGCAAGGCACCAGGGUUGAUGAGGAGGAUAUCGCAAGGUGCUAGGAACCGCAUACGUCGGCGUACAUCUUCAAGUCAAAUCGUGAACCGUGAUCGGAGUUCAGGUCCAGUCAUGCUGCGCAAGAGGAGCAAUAGCAAAGCAGUGGAAGACAUCGAUGACGAUUUGGUCGACAGUGCUGCCGAGCUGGAUAUCGGCGAUGUUCCAGAAGAUAUAGAAUUGGUACACGGGCUCGGCAUCACCAGCGGUAGGUUGAGCCGCGGAUUGAGUCUGGAAAACACUACGACCGCCCUCAAGCCUGCACGGACCGAAGGUGGCAUCGCACCAGUUGCUCCGGAACAGCUUCGUCAAGGCACGAAGUUGAUCAAAGUGAGUCAGAAGCAAAAAAAGAAGGUGCGCACGUUUAUUCUCGACGCCGAAAAUGCCAAAGUAUCCUGGGACCCGACCAACCCUACCAAAUCCUUCUACAUUGACGACAUUCAAGAAAUUAGGCUACAAUCAGAAGCUCAGAUAUCACUCGAGACCUAUGAAAUACCUGCAGACUCUACUUCGAGAUGCUUCACUGUCAAAUAUGCCGACAAGCAGCGAACCAAAGGCAAGCAGCAAAAGACGAUAUACCUUGUGGCAGAGACUCCGCGUGAUUUUGAACUGUGGACAUCAACCCUGCAAGAAUUGUCAAAGCAUCGGCACGAUCUCAUGGCGGGACUGGCAGCCUCAUGGCAGGAUGACAAAACGCUCAAGGCCCACUGGAAGUGCGAGAUGGCGAGGAUCUUUGAAGAUCGGCCCCAUCUAUCUGAAGACGAAAGCCUGGAUUUGAAAAGCAUCGAAAGCCUUUGCCGCAGCCUUUACAUCUACUGUUCUCCCAAUGUGAUCCGCGCCCAGUUUGAAAAGGCUGACUCCCAAAGUCAGGGACGUCUCAACUACAAGUCAUUUAAGGACUUUGUACGUCGCUUAAAGGAUCGCAAGGACAUCCGAGAAAUCUUCAAAUCUAUCUGCCCCGAAAAUUGUGAAAGCAUAGAUCUGGAUGGUUUUCUUGGGUUCCUCAAAUCCUCCCAAGGCAUCGACGUGGACGCUCGGCGAGACCAUUGGAUCAAAGUCUUCUCCAAGUACGUACGCAAGUCGGAAACACCCAAUCCUUCCACGGUGAGCGGACAGCAAACACCAGGCCUGCUCAUGGGCUACUCUGCAUUCACUGCAUUCCUCUAUUCUCCAGCGAAUGCAAUGCUAAACACGAAGACUUCGGAUGCACACUUCGACAGGCCUCUCAACGAAUAUUUCAUAUCUAGCUCGCACAACACCUAUCUACUUGGACGUCAGGUCAAUGGCAAAUCAAGCGUUGAACCCUACGUAAGGGCCUUGCAGAAAGGAUGCAGAUGCGUCGAGAUCGAUUGCUGGGAUGGACCAGACGGUCGGCCACUUGUGAAUCAUGGUCAUACCAUGACAAGCAGCGUCCUUUUUUCCGAUUGUGUAUCGACGGUUGCGAAGUACGCUUUUCACACCUCGGACUACCCACUUAUCAUUUCGCUUGAGGUGCAUUGCAACGCCUCCCAACAACAGAAGAUGGUUGACAUCAUGAUUAAGGAAUUCGACGGCAGUCUUAUCCGUGAACCUCUCAAACCUAACAGCCUUGAGCUUCCUUCGCCAGAAGAGUUGAAGAACAGGAUCCUGAUCAAGGUCAAAGCUGGGAGCGACCCUGCACUGGCCCUGGACACCGCUUUGAAUCGACCCGAGCUUGCCUUAAGUCGACGCGACCGGAGUUCAAGUUCUCCGUGGAUGGGUCCUCAACGGCUCGAUAGUAGCAAUCUUCCGAUCGGUGUACCAUUAUCCAGCCCUCCGUCCGUAAGCCCGCCAGAUCAUAUUUCGACUUGGCCUAUUGGUAGGUCGUCAAUUACCACAACUAGCAUUAGCAGUGCGACAGAAGAUAGCGAUGAUGGGAGGAACGAUGCAACGCCAGCACGAAGGUCUGCGAGGGGUCACAAAAGUAAAAUCAUCUCGACAUUAGCAAACCUCGCCGUCUACACUCGGGGUAUCAAAUUCCAGAAUAACAGCUUCGCGUUGGAAGAAAGUAGGCAGUACAAUCAUGUCUUUUCCCUUGCAGAACGCCGCUUUGAAGACAUCUGCAAGAAGCCAGAUGACAAACUUCAACUUGAGAAGCACAACGCCAAACAUCUCAUGAGGAUCUACCCAUCUGGCUUUCGUUUCAACUCAACAAAUCCUGACCCACUCGCUUUCUGGAGACGUGGCGUGCAGAUGGUGGCGUUGAAUUGGCAGACUUAUGAUCUCCCAAUGCAAUUGAACGAGGCAAUGUUCGCCUCCGGUGCUGAUCGAUUGGGCUACGUCCUGAAGCCUAGAGAGAUAAGAGAGCCUCGCAACAUCCAAGAAGAAAUUGAGUCGCCCUCUGUUCUUGCUCUUGGCAAGAUUCAGAAGAAGGUCAUCAGAUUUUCGGUCGAUGUCAUCUCUGGUCAGCAAUUGCCUAGACCUCACGGUAUCAAAGCUAGCGACGCCAUCGACCCUUACGUUGAGAUUGAAUUAUUUAGCGCUGAAGACAAGGCGAAGGGUAUCGCUUCGGGAACAGGAGGACACGAUGCUUCUGCCCGUCAUGGAAUGUCUGGUAUUGGCUCACCACAUCGUCGCCGCACUCACGUCAUCUCUUCCAAUGGCUUCAACCCUCAGUUCAAUGAAAGCUUUGGCUUGUCUCUCGAGACUAAAUACCCAAGCUUGGUGUUCGUGAGAUGGACAGUAUGGGACUCCCAAGACGGCCAGAACUAUCAGACGAAUACCAAUCUAGACCCACUUGCCACCUUCACAGCCAAGCUAAGCAGCAUUCAGGAAGGCUAUCGCCACAUCCCAUUGUUCGAUCAUAAUGGCGAGCAAUUUAUGUUCGCCACGCUCUUUUGCAGAAUCAGGAAAGAGGAUCCGGUCACCGUUGAGAGGGAGGAUCCUGUCCCUGAGAAAACAGGCCGCUUUAAAUCGAGGUUCAAACGAACUUUGUCCCAGAGAAACGGCAAAAGAUCCACCAAGAGUAAAACAAGCAACGAAUCCAUGAAGUCACACGAAACUGAGAUAUCGAGCCUCUACUCGCCAAGCCUCACAGGUACUGCAUGGACAUCCAGUACCACCUCACCACUGUUGCCAAUACCCAGCUCACUCGAUGGAUUCCCAGAGCCCAAGAUCUAG